AUGGGCAAUGACAAAGAUGAUUCUGCCACCAUUGUAGUCGGCGCGGCGAGCGGCGAUGACGACGACGUCCGUGCGGCAGUGGUGGCGCCGCGCCGCCCCGGGUCGUGGGCGUGGCACCACCGGGAGCUGGAGGUGGCCGUGAUCCGGGCCACCAGCCACGAGGACCGGUGGAUGGACUACGGGAGCGCCGCGCGGGUGUUCGCGUGGGCGCGCACGUCGCCCUCGUCCCUGCGGCCCGCCAUGUGGGCGCUGGCGUGCCGUGCGCGGCGGACGCGGUGCUGGGUCGUGGCGCUCAAGGCGCUCAUGGUCGCGCACGGCCUGCUCCUCCGCUCCGGCCUCGCGCCGCCGGCCGCCCGCGCCGGGCGCGUCCCCUUCGAGCUGGCAGACUUCCGCGACCGCUCCUCGUCCUCGUCGCCGGCCAGGUCCCAGGCCUUCUCCGCCUUGGUGCGCGCCUACUUCCGCUUCCUCGACUACCGCUCCCUCUUCGCGGCGCAGGAAGACACCGACGGCGGCGGCGUCGACGCCGAGUGCUGCUCCGGCUACCAAAUGGCCCUGCUCGACCGGAUCGCGAAGCGGCAGUUCCUGCUGGAGCUGCUCCUGCAUAUCCGCCCCUACGCCGACGGCAUGGAGGUGCCGCUCGUCCUCGAGGCCAUGGACUGCGCCCUCGUCGACAUCUUCCAGGUGUACGGCGAGAUAUCCACCGGCAUCGCGCGGUUCCUCGUCAGCGGCAUCCCCGGGCCGGCGAGGCCGCCGCUGCGCAAGGCCGCCGCCGCGGCGGGGGUGAAGGUGCUCUGGCGGGCGGCGGAGCUGAGCGCGCAACUCUCGUCCUACUUCGACCUCUGCCGCGGGCUCGGCGUGGUCAACGCCCGCAAGCUCCCGGCGGCGUUCGUGCGCUUGAAGGACGACGACGUCCGGCACCUCGAGCGGAUCCUCAUGGGCGACGCCAGUGACGAGGCGGAGGUGGAGGGUACGGCGCCGGCUGACGUGACGAAGGACGCUGCGGGGUCAGCGUCGAUGAUCACCACGGUGGUGACGACGGAAUGGGUGGCGUUCGAAGAGGAUAACGACAAAUCAAGCGCCGGCGCCUGCGGCGUGGGAAGUGAUGGGCACGUCGGUAACCACUGGAACCCCUUCGUCGCCGCGCCGUUGGACCUCCGGCAGAGCGGGAACUUGAUCGAGCUUUUCUGACCUGGCGCAAUGGCGAGGAUGAAUCUUCUCGCAAGUUGCGGAUUAAAAAGGUUAGAAGCGAUUGCUAAUCACACGCAAGGAAUUGCACGCAGUGUAAAAUAGCAACUUGACUCGGUUUUCACUUCUCUGUUCUGGAUCAAGUGUUUGUUCGUAUGCUAGCCAUUACAUUCAAUUUACUGGAGAUCAUUAACCGCC